UUUGACUUGAAAAGAGUAAAAAAAAAAUGGAAAUGUGUUAUAUUGAUUGGCAAUUAUGUACAGGCAAUAUUCCAACAGCGGACAAACUUAGGGAGCGGAGGGUUGAUGUGCCAAACCAAUGUGUUUUUGGGUGUGGGCAGCUAGAAUCUUGUACACAUCUAUUUGUUUCAUGUAACAUGGCAAUUGAAUUAGGGAGGAAAGUGGGCUGGGGUGAAAAUAAUGUAACUGGGGGUAGUUUUUUGGAGUGGACAGAGAGAUUUUUCUCUUCUAAAAAUGAGGACCAAUGCUGUGAAUUUGUGAUGUAUUGUUGGAGUUUAUGGCAGGGACGGAAUAGGAUGGUUUGGCAUGCUGAAGCUUGUGGAGUUGAUCAAAUCAUUGCUGUAGCGAGAUCUGUUCUAUUUGGGUGGCGUGCAGCGCAAGAACAAGGCAGGGAGUGCUUCAACCGGACUGAAAGGAGGGCUGCGGAGGUAUGGAAAAAACCCGUGGAGGGCCGAAUGAAGGUCAACGUUGAUGCGGCUACCGGGAUGGAUGGAAAGCGGGGGACUAGCGUGGGUGGUGAGGGAUGCAGCGGGUCAGCUUGUGGCUGCUGGUGCUAAGCCUUGGGAAGGGAAUAUUUCACCCAAAGAAGCCGAAAUUUUAGGGGUCCGUGAGGCAUUGAGCUGGCUGAAGGAGAACCGUUGGGAUUAUGUGGACAUCGAGUCUGAUGCUUCUCAAGUUGUCUCUGCUAUUUAUAACGGAGGUGGUGUUGCUCAGUUUGGCUUGAUAGUGGAAGAUGUUAGAGAUUUAAUGAAAGAUUUUAAUAGCAUUUCUAUUGCUUUUAUACGGCGGUCUGCGAAUCGUGUUGCUCACACUCUUGCUCGAGCAGCCGUUUCUUUGUCUGACAGCCAUGUGUGGCUCUCGAUUCCUCCUACUUGUAUUAUGCAGGCUUUAAGCCAUGACUUCAUUAAUAAUACUUAAGAUUUCGUUGUGCAAAAAAAAAACAA